AGGUGUAGGAAGGGAGGAUGCUGAUUAAAAUAAUAAACUGCUGCUGGAAAGAGCCGAGCCACUGGCCGGAGUGAGGGAGAGAAAGAGACCCGGAGAGGAAGAGAGGGAUAAAAAAAAAGAAACGCUGAGGAAGAAAAAUUGUUGGUACUCUACUCAAAGGUUCCUCAAAGUAGUGUGAAAGAGGAAGAUAGAAGAGGAAGAACAACUGCUCCCAUUACCACUCUGCAAGGAGAUCUGCAGUGGACAGGAACUUCUCUGCAGAGCUCGAUGACAUAGAGACCAGCUUGCCAGACUCUCUCUCCAGGAUCGUGAUUCUGAUCAGGGGCUUCAAUCAUUGGACACGUGGCCUGGGGCUCCAGAGGAGAAGGAGACAUUCUUUCACUAACUGGCCCUGCCUUGGCUGUGAAUAGAAGGGUGUGAGAGGGAGUCCAGGCUGGGGCAGGGGGCUAGUAGUAGGGCUAAGACUGCAUGCCCCUGUCUCUCUCUGUGAGAGUGUGUCUGAUGUGUGUUUGUGUUUCCUCUGCAGUGUGUUAGCAUUACCUUAGUAAGAGAGGAAUGAGAGGUCGGCAGACCAUGUGCCUCUUUGUGUUGCCUCCUGUCACCUGAGUGUGUUUGUGUGUGUGUGCAAGGAUAGUGUGUUUUUUAUCUGAGUAAUUGAGAACAAACACUCGUCCCUACCACGGGUUGGAGUGUAAACCUCUUCCUUAGUGACCGGAGAAGCAGUGGAGGAAGGGAGAGAAAAAGGGAAGGAAUAAGAGGAGAAGCUUGAACGUUUCUUCAGAUUCUCAGUCUUUCCACCUCAGUCUACAAACCUCUCUUGACAGCACUUGGAUAGUUCCCUCCAGUCUCCAGACCUCUACCCUGACCCCUGGAAUUCUACCCCAGCUCAAGGACUUCUUCCCCAGCCUACAGACCACCUCCUACAUCCUACCCAGCCUCAGCCCAGCUCUCAGGACAUCUAACCCCAGGCUUGAGGCAUGACAGCAGGAUAGCUACGGCUCCCUUCUUAGCCUGUGUUCCAUCGAGGAGGAUGCUUCUAUCAUCUAGCCAAGCAGGGCGAACACACACACUGACACACACACGGCGACUAGGGGUAUGUGAAGUGUGUAUGUCGCCGGGUUGGAUAGCCCGACAUUGUGUUUUGAGCGCUAGAUUUAAUUGUAUUUGUAUUUUGAGAACUGUUUUUGACCAUAUUUGGAAUGGAUUUGAUUGCGGUUCAAGUACUGACCUUGACCCUGUUUGAAAGCUGGGUUUGACCGUAACCACUGGAGGACUACCCUAACCCCAGCGACCCUUCUGUGCCUUUUGUCCUCUGUGACCUCAGACGAUGUAGAAGUGAGGGGGAGGGGGAGGAGACUCAUCCUAGAGCCGAAGAUGAUUCGCUUGAACUUCACCUUGCAAGAGCUCCUCAGGAAAUUUGAAGAGGAUAUCCAGGCAGAGAUCGAUGCCCAUAACGAUAUCUAUAAGAGUGUGGACGGGAAUAAGCCCAAGAUGGUCAAGUCCCUGGGAACAUCUGAGGAGGCAGUGUUUCUGCAGCACCGACUGGACGACAUGAACCAGCGCUGGAGCGACCUCAAGACCAAAUCUGCCAACAUACGGGCUCACCUGGAGGCGAGUGCGGAGCGUUGGAGUCGUCUUCAGAGCCUGCUGGAGGAGCUGUGGAGGUGGAUCUGUCUGAAGGAGAAGGAACUGGCCAAACAGAUGCCCAUAGGAGGAGAUGUCCCCACCCUGCUGCAGCAGCACAACCACUGCAAGGUGUUGCGGUCGGAGCUGAAGGACCGCGAGCAUGUUGUGGCCAAUACACUGGACCAGGCGCACACAUUCCUGGCUGACCAGUCCAUCGAGGGGCCGGGAGAACCAUGCAAGAACCUACAGACCAAAACAGACCUGACUCCAGAGGAGAAGGCGCAGGGUGUGGCCAGGGCCAUCAGGAAGCAGACAGCGGAGGUGCAGGAGCGUUGGGAGCGUCUGCAGGACCACGCUGGUGGAUGGCAGAGUCAGGUAGAAAGGGCAUUUGAGAGGCUACAAGAGCUCCAGAGCAACAUGAACCAGCUGGACCUGCGGCUAGCCAGGGCAGAAGAGACCAAGGCUGGCUGGCAGCCUGUAGGAGACCUGCUCAUAGACUCACUGCAGGAACACAUAGAGAAGACCACGGCUUUCAAGGAAGAGAUGGCCCCUCUGAGGCAGGACGUGAAUGUGGUGAAUGAGCUGUCUGGUGAACUAGCUCCUCUGGAUGUGCAGCUGUCCUCCACCUCCUCCAGGCAACUGGAUGACCUCAACAUGCACUGGAAACUACUACAGGUGGCCAUUGAAGAGAGACUAAAGGUCCUUCAGGAAGCCCACAGAGACUUUGGCCCUUCCUCCCAGCACUUCCUAUCCACCUCUGUGCAGCUCCCGUGGCAGAGGGCGCUCUCUCAGAAUAAGGUUCCGUACUACAUCAACCACCAGACUCAGACUACCUGCUGGGACCAUCCAAAGAUGACAGAGCUCUACCAAUCGCUUGCCGACCUAAACAACGUGAGAUUUUCCGCUUACAGAACAGCCAUGAAAAUCCGCAGGCUACAGAAAGCACUAUGCUUGGACCUGUUGGACCUGAAGGUGGCCCAGAGCACCUUUGAACAACACAAGCUUACCCAGAAUGCCCAGCUGCUGACAGUGCCUGAUGUGAUCAACUGUCUGACAUCCAUUUAUGACGGGCUGGAGCAGCAGCACAAGGACCUCGUCAAUGUUCCGCUGUGUGUCGACAUGUGUCUCAACUGGCUGCUAAAUGUCUAUGACACUGGACGCAGUGGGAAGAUUCGUGUCCUGUCCAUGAAGAUAGGAUUGCUCUCGCUCUCCAAGGGCCAUCUGGAGGAGAAAUACAAAUACCUGUUCAGUCAGGUGGCAUCGUCAGGGGAUAAGUGUGACCAGAGACAGCUGGGUCUGUUGCUCCAUGACGCUAUCCAGAUACCACGGCAACUAGGAGAGGUCGCCGCCUUCGGAGGGAGCAACAUCGAACCCAGUGUCCGGAGCUGCUUCCAACACGUGACCAAUAAGGUGGUGCUGGAGCCCAGGCAGUUUGUUGAUUGGAUGAGACUGGAGCCCCAGUCUGUUGUGUGGCUUCCUGUGCUACAUAGAGUGGCGGCUGCUGAGACCGCCAAGCACCAGGCCAAGUGUAACAUCUGUAAAGAGUGUCCCAUUGUAGGGUUCAGGUAUCGCAGUCUGAAGCACUUUAACUAUGACGUGUGUCAGAGCUGCUUCUUCUCUGGACGAACCGCCAAGGGCCACAAGCUCAACUACCCCAUGGUGGAGUACUGCACGCCGACCACGUCAGGUGAGGACAUGCGUGAUUUCACCAAGGUGCUGAAAAACAAGUUCCGCUCCAAGAAGUACUUUGCCAAGCACCCCCGUUUGGGCUAUUUACCAGUCCAGACUGUUCUUGAUGGAGACAGUAUGGAGAUUCCCGUCACUCUCAUCAGCAUGUGUCCGGAGCAGUAUGAGCUUUCCCAGUCACCCCAGCUCUCUCAUGAUGACACUCAUUCCAGGAUAGAGCAGUACGCUAGCAGACUGGCUCAGAUGGAACGCUCCAAUGGUUCUCUGCCCACUGACAGCAGCUCAACUACAGGAAGCAUGGAUGAUGAGCAUGCUAUGAUCCUGCAGUACUGCCAGAACCUAGGGGGGGAGGUGUCUCCCUGCAGCCAGCCCCAGAGCCCUGCCCAGAUCCUACAGGCCGUGGAGAGAGAGGAGCGGGGAGAGCUGGAGCGAAUCAUCCAGCGUCUGGAGGACGAGCAGUGGACCCUGCAGAGGGAGUAUGAGCAGCUGAAGGAGCAGCAUGGGGGUCAGCGGGGGCCUGGUUCUGUGGGGCUCUGGGACCCUGAGGGGUCAUCUCACCUCAGGGGUCCUGAUGAGGCUGACCUGCUGGCUGAGGCCAAACUGCUCCGGCAGCACAAGGGCCGUCUGGAGGCCCGCAUGCACAUACUGGAGGAGCACAACAAACAGCUGGAGUCCCAGCUCCACCGGCUCAGACAGCUACUGCACCAGCCUCUUCUCGUCUUACUUGAUCCUCAAUCCCUCCUCUUGUUUUUUUCCCCUCCUCCCUUGUACACUUUACUACUCCAUCUAUCUUUCAUCGUUUUUCCUCUCUCUCAGCCGGAGAUGGACUCCAGGGUGAAUGGAGUGUCGUCCCCCAGCAUGCAAGAGCGAAGGGCCCUCACCGAAAACACAGGUGAUGUGAGGACCCUCAGAAAGUUCCUUUCGGAGAGACAGAAACAUUCCCAAACACACAGCUUAUACGCUCUCCCUUUUCUGGGGGACAGACGGAGAGCUAGAGCCCCUAGCAAGAGACCUCCCUAAAACCCAAAGACAUACAGAACUUUACUGCUAUUACCACAUCGUCAUCGUCUAGCACUAUGCAAAAUGUACAUUUUAUGAACUGUAGAUUGCACCUGAAGUCGGUUAAACAUUUGUCAGUGAUUUGUAAGAACAUGCCGAUUGUUAUGGAGUUCGGGGGCUUUGUGUAAGAGCAUAUGCUUUUUGGGAUUUUUUUUUUGUUGUUUUUGUUUUGUUCUGCUUAAACUGGGAAUCAAACUGUUUACAUUGUUGUUAUUCCACUGCCUCCCUCUGCUUGUACCCUCUGCCGUCUCCACAAUGGACAUGUUCACUGUUUUUCUCUCUGAUUUGGGAAAGAGAAGGCCCAAUUUAAGAUUAUCGCCUCAAAUGAUCAUUUUAGACAAUCGGCUCUGUGUCAGUCCUUGAAGCUUCACGUAUGUUUUUGAAAAUAUUUUUCCUCUUAAAAGCGUUAAUAAUGCUUUUCUGUCGGAGUUGUCAUGCCGGCCGCAAUUGCAAUGUAAACUUAACCCCUUCUGUGCCUAUACAGUUGUCACUCCAAGUGUGGCAGACUGGUUUAACGUUGUAGUAAUUAAUUUGGAUUGUUGUAUUAAGGCGAGAUAGUGGAAACAAUAAAUUAAUUGAAUUUAAAGCUGUUCAGAAAUAAUUGGGUUUGUAAGUGGCAAUUGUAAGAGGUCAUUGUGUAGAAUAGUUUUAUAAAUCGAUGUAAAAAAAAUAAUAAGAAAGCCAUGAUUGCCUUGCUACCUCAGACACAAACACCUUUUCAUUUGCGUGGUCUGUAACUUGUUUCAUUUCAAUUUUACUGUACUUGUGACAAGAAAACGAACCGAAAAACGUUCUAAGUGUGUUGCUUAUAGAUGUGUACUGCUUUGGGGAGAAACCUAGUAGACAAAGCACAUCCUAUUACUUUACCACCGAUGGGUCUGUGGCCUGCUGCCCAUCAUCAGUAUACCGUGUCUGUAUGUGUUGAUUUUCCCCUGUCAGACCUUUAGCACUGGUCUCUCUCAGAGUUAUGCGUCGUGUUUUGUGCUUUGCUAUCCUGUAAAACUUGUUUGUUUUAAUAACACUACUAUAACCUCCUCCAACUAUGUCCUUGGACUGAUGAUGAUGGUCUUGCCUGAGGUAUGCGGUAUAAAUUGACCACACUAGAUGUAAUAUGGCUACGUAUGUUUUAUUCUAAAUACAUUUUUAUAACAGCU